UGCAGCAAACUUCUGUUUCUCCUCACGGGCAUUUCCGAGAAGGACUCUGGUGUGUCCGGCUCCAUCUCUGCACCGAGCAGCAAGGAGCUCAAGAUGUGGACGGCGUGGGCCAUGCUGGUGUGCCUGGCUGGAGGGCAGCUGGCCAGCGCCACGCUCUGCAGGACCUACGGCACCGUCCCAGGCAUCCCGGGACUGCCAGGACAGCCUGGCAGCGAUGGCAGGGAUGGCCAGAACGGCCCAAAGGGUGACCAAGGACCCCCUGGCCAGAGCACAGCAGAACCAGGGCAGAAGGGAGACCCAGGAGAGCCGGGACAGCCCGGGAAGGCUGGACCCCCAGGCCCCCCAGGCCUAAGUGGCCUACCAGGUCCCAACGGAUUUCCCGGCCCCGUGGGGUUGCCUGGGGACUACAAGAUCACCUCCAAGUCCGCGUUCUCGGCCGCCAGGAGCAUCAGCACCUACCCCCGCCGGGAGCAGCCCGUCCGCUUCGACCGCAUCAUCGCCARCGAGGGCGGCCACUACGAGAACCGCUACGGCCGCUUCACCUGCCGGGUGCCCGGCACCUACUACUUCACCUACCACGCCACCUCCCGCGGCAACCUSUGCGUCAACAUCAAAAAGGGACGCGGUGGCAGCAAGGGUGACAAGGUGGUGACCUUCUGUGACUUCGUGCAGGGCAGUUUCCAGGUGACCACGGGCGGCGUGGUCCUCAAGGUGGCCAUGGAUGAGUCUGUCUGGCUGGAGCCAACGGACAAGAACUCCCUGAUGGGGCUGGAAGGGUCUGACAGCAUCUUCACUGGUUUCCUCAUCUUCCCAGAGGCUUAGCCUGCUGGAGCUGUGCCUGCAGCCCAUCUGGGCACUGCCUGCAGAGCUGAGCAAGCCCUUUGCUCCCAAGUUGGUGCUCAAAGCACAUYGCUGCCAUUCGUGCACAAUAAAUGACCACUCUUCGCACUAUUGGUCUUUCUGCCUAUGAUUUGCCUUUUCCCCCCAAAUAAUGUUCACAUACCCAGGGYAUUGGUUCUCAUUACUGC